AUGACACUGGGAGAUUUCUGUGACAAGCAGCUCUGCCAGGUAGAAGAAAAGGCAUACAGUGAUUCUCAAAAGGGAAAUUCAAUUAUUGAUCCCUUAGAACUGAAAGCAUAUCCGACACUUGUGGUGGAGAAAAUGUUGAGAGCAUUAAAGUUAAACUCUUCUGAAGCCAGGCUGAAGUUUCCUAGGUUACUUCAGAUUAUAGAGCAGUAUUCAGAGGAGACCUUGAAGACAAUGACAAGAGAGAUUUUUUCCAUUCCUUGCUGGCAGUUCAUCGGCUGGAUCAGCCACAUGGUGGCCUUACUGGACAAAGAGGAAGCCAUUGCCGUGCAGCAUACCGUGGAAGAGAUUGCUGACAACUACCCACAGGCCAUGGUCUACCCUUUCAUAAUGAGCAGUGAGAGCUACUCCUUUAAAGACACUGCUGCUGGGCAGAAGAACAAGGCAUUUGUGGAAAGGUAUAAAAAAUGUGUG